UUUUUGGAUUUAAGCGAUUUGGUUAAGAAUAAGGGCUGGAAAAAGGAGAGACCCACCGGUGGUAAAGACCCCAUUGCUUAUAAUGGCAACGUAUGGCUCGGUUAUGACGACCCAUACCAGGCCUAUGACAAAAGCAAAUGGGUAAAAGACAAUGGCUUUGGUGGUAUAAUCGUGUGGGAGGUCGGCCAGGAUGAUACCCAGGGCAGUUGCUGUGCGGUGAAAUUCCCAAUGCUCCGGGCAAUUAAUAAUGGUCUGUUUGGCACUGGAAAGGGACCCGAGACUUAUGGUUGUGAACAUAAAUAG